UGGCAACAGAUCGAAGGUGCUGGAAAACAUAUUCGGACACUUUCUGAGAGACAGCCAUCUUUGCUGCCUUGGAAUUUCCAAACUUUUUAAGGGGAAAUCGAUUUGAGAGCAACGUUUGACGACAACGAUAGUCAAUAACCAAAAUUUAGCACAGCUUGAUUCAGUAAUGAUCCAACUGAUGUCACAAAAAGGAGCCAGGAUGUGCGUGGCUUUCUUGGUUUUUUUGUGUUUCAUUCCCAUCUUUGUGGAUUCUUCGUCAUCUGUGCAGGGAUUUAAGGAAACGCAUUUUGAAGGCUUUGCAAACCAUUACCUUCGAGGCCACAUUGCGCAAACUCAUCAAGUGUCUACAUCACUUGACUGUGCCUUUUAUUGUAUGACCGACUCAAGGUGUCAAUCUUACAACUACCAGAUGGAAGGGACAACCAAUCAUACGUGUGACAUAAACAGUAAAAAUAAAACUGCAGACCCUGUGGCUCUUGUAAACAAAACAGGAUUCAUUUACUUUCAACCAUAUGAGCCUCGUUCUCGUCGAGGUCCUGUCCAAGGUUUUACGGCUAAUUUUACCAAUCUUGGAGCCAGCGGUCGCCUCGGUCCUUCAUCGAUCGGUGAUCUUUACAGAGGCCAGGGUCACGAUGGUCAUGUGACACUUGUGGCGGGGAUCCAGCAUUGGCGUUUACCGUGCACCACCCGGUACAAAAUAGAAGCAGUUGGCGCCACAGGUGGCUACGAUUCAGUAAACUCCGGAAAAUAUCGCGGUUUGGGAGCGCGCAUAAUCGGCACUUUUCAAUUGACAACAGACGAGACACUCAAAAUCCUGGUUGGCCAAGAAGGGGGUAUCAAUAUCUACACAUCUUCUGGAGGGGGAGGUGGUAGUUUCGUGGUACGUUCAGACAACACCCCCCUGAUUAUAGCCGGGGGAGGUGGAGGGAGGGAGUCACCGCAGUCCUCAAGAACUCAAUGUCACGCCACCACAAGCACAUCCGGAAAUCAAGGAUAUUCCAGUUCAGUCGUGUGGUCUGGAGGAAGUAACGGUAAUGGAGCAAACACCGCUGAUAAUGGAAACUCAGGGGGAGGAGGUGGAGGAUUUUUUACCAGCGGCCGAAGCUCAGCUAACUUUGGUGGAAGCUACGGAACUGGAGGAGAGGGUGGUAAAGGAUUCCUUCAGGGUGGAGAGGGAGGUCGAGCAAUGAGCAAUAAUGCCCAUGGGGGUUUCGGUGGGGGAGGAGGAGCGUAUGGAAAUGGAGGAGGUGCUGGAGGCGGAGGCGGCUACUCAGGGGGCGCUAGUGGGGAUAACAUCGCAGAUUCCUGUGGAGGUGGAGGUGGUUCAUACAACUCUGGUGAUGAGCAAAGUAACUAUUGCUGUUUUAACGACAAGGGACAUGGAUUUGUGUUUGUCACGUGGUCUUGCUAAGGAAGCUUUUCAGGGGAGUGGCCACCAAGCGUUGAGGAAGUCUCGAGCGAGUUUUUUCCAAUUUUAUAGUGUGAGAGCACACUCAAAAGAGUAAUAAAUAACUUUGAACUUUUAAAGAUUUCUGUCCCAGCCUACCAGCUCCUUUUAGGAGUAAAAAUUUAUUUGGGAAAUUUGUAAAAUUUCACUUAAUUAAAGAUUUCCGUCCCAGCCUACCAGCUCCUUUUAGAAUCAUUUCAAGUAAAACUGAUGAUGAAAACGUGAGUUUCAACUUUCACACAUCUAAUUUCAAUGACUUGUGGUAAAACUCUUGCCUUUCAAAGCAUAUUCACUAUGUUUAAUACAUAAAAAAUGAAAGCACUCUUCGUCCAGCCGCUAUCUGAAUGUAAUGUAGCUUGCUAUAGAGGAAGUUGUCGAUAGUCCAUCAGGUUACAUACCACAUCGUUCUUUCUGAUGAGCCCUAAAUUAGGCAAGAACGGGCUGGCAGAUGGCCUGCUUCUAGUAGUAAAUUAACAGGACUGUACUUGAAUAAGCUUUGUGUUUCAAAAGUCUCGAGUUUUCCUUUUUCCUAAUUUUGUUUCCUUUUACAGAUUUCUAUGAACGUCUCAAUAUUCUUUCGCUUCUUUUGCGAGACAGCGGUUGUUUCCCAUGUUUUCCUAGAAAUAUUGCGCGAGAUAUUGGCGCGCAGGCCUUUGAUGCCCUGGCGCGUACUCUACGCCUGACCGCUAUGCUGUUGUAAACGGAGUUAAGUGUUGCAAUAACGAAUUUAUUUGACGGUUGUUGUGUGAAUUGCGUUCUAAAUCACAGGAAUUGUUA